AUGGGGCCCCUACUAGUGCUGCUGCAGCCGCUGUGUCUGUCGCCUAGGGCCGGAGUAAAGGAGAGGGGCCCUCAAAGGGGGCCCCCUUAUCUGUCUGGGGGGCCCCUCCACAGUGUUGCGGUUGCCGGCAAGUUGGGGGGCCCCCCUACCAGUUGGGGGCCCCUGAGGGGCCCCCCUACCAGUUGGGGGCCCCUGAGGGGCCCCCUUGUCUAUUCUUUUACUGCAACACUUUUCUUCUUCUUUUGUCUCUUUUUCACGGGGCUGUCAGAGGGGGCGGUCCUUAGGGCACCGCAACCCCCAGCAAUAGCCCCUCAUACAACCCCUCUGCAGCAGCAGCAGCAGCAGCAGCAGCAGCAGCAGCAGCAGCAGGUGUGGGCAGCUGCUUUGUCUCGAGGAAGCGACAGGGGGCCCCUCCGUCUAGGACUGACGGCAGUAGAGCCGCAAAGGAGGGGCCCCCCUGACGUCACAGCAGGGGCCCGUCGGUUUGCAUGCGGUGGGGGGCCCCCCUGUUUGAGUUUCGUUCAUAGGGGCCCCCCUCUAGCUGUGAAGGGCCUUCGCUCAGCGGCGAGGGGGCCCCAGAGAUCUCCUUGGGGCCCGCGCUUGAAGGGAGGGGCCCCUGACGAUAUCUGUUGGCCCCCCUCAUCGCCCGCAGCAGCAGCAACUGCUGCUGCGGCUGCUGCUACAGCAGCAGCAGCAGACGCAAGUGAAGCAGCAACAGCAGCGGAUGCAGCAGCAGCGGAAGCAGCAGAAGAAGUAGCAGCAAGUGUAGCUCGCGUUGCUUCUGCUUCAGCUGUGGCGGAUGCAGCAGCACGAGCGCGGGAAGCAGCAGCAGCAGCAGCAGCGGCAGCAGCAGCAGCAAAAGCAGCAGCAGCAGGAACUCGCCCCCUUCCUCACAUCCAAACAGACCUCCCAGGAGACAGUCUCCUUGAACGUAAAUACCCCUCGUUUGAAGAUAUACCAUCAAAGCUGCCGCCUAGGGGUCUGGGGUGUCUCCCUCAGGCAGCAAAAGGAGACACUGCAGCAGCAGCAGCAGCAGCAGCAGCAACGCUGGGGGGCCCCACAGCAGGGGUGGGGGCCCUAGGGCGGGGGGCCCCCUUGAGGGACAUCCUAGGGAAGGAAGCAGCAGCUGUACAGACAGCAGCAGACGAAGAGAGACAGUUUGUUGAGGCCCGCUGGCUGCAGAGACUUGCUGAGACACACAAACUAGCAGACAAACAAAUAGAGACAGUGAGGGAGCAGCAAGCAGAGAAGCUUAGGAGGAUGCAGCAGCCGCCCUGGGUAUUUUCUGUUGAUAGUUUGGAGGUUGAGGCCCCUGCACCCCUAUUUUAUGAUUAUAAGACCUACGGGCCCUACUUAGAGGCAUACACGGAAAAGACGAGUGACCAGGUUAGCUGCAGCGAGCUCCACUUGAACGAGGAGACUGGAUUGAUUGAGGAGACACCUCUUCCGAGUCCCCGUAGCAGCAGCCCCGAGCAGCAGCAGCAGCAGGAGCAGGAGGAAGAGGAGCGUCUACGUGCUGCUUCUGCUGCUGCUGUUGCUAAAGGAGAAGUCUAUGGGCCUGCAUGCAGUGGCUUCCGUCUGCAGCAAAUAAGCCCCCCUGUAGCCCACCGCAGCGGCAUCAGUUCUUUCUUUUACUUUCAUGCCCCGCACUCUGCACCCUUUGUCCCCUUUAUUAAUGCAUGCAGAAGAGAGACAUUUACUCUACCGAGGCCUGCUGUUACUGCUAUCAAAAUUGAAAACCUUGAUUCCUACGUAGACGCCCCACAGCUGCAGCCUCCCCCGCCCAGCCAGAUCCCUCCUGCCUACCUGCAGCAGCUGCAGCAGCAGCAGCAACAGCAACAGCAGCAAGAACAACAACAACACCCGCAGCAACAACAACAGCAACAGCAGCAACAACAGCAACAGCAGCAACAGCAGCAGCAACAACAACAACAGCAGCAGCAGCAGCAGCAGCAGCAGCAGCAGCAGCAGCAGCGUAAGGGAAUAAGCCCUUCAGCAUUCUUAAAAAGACUGCCAGUAGAGGUGGGGAUGUGCGUUGUGGGUAUGCGGGAAGAUGUAGAGGAUUUGAUAGAUAAUCUAAGACAAAUAAUAUUUAGAAGAAAGAGACCUUAUAAUAAAAGGAGGGGCCCCCGGGGGUCCCCUAAGAUAGGGGGCCCCCCAGAAAAGGGUACCUUCGAUAACCCAUGGGUAGGGUCUCUAUCUGUAAAGGGCCCUAUUGCUGCUGUUGCUGGCGAUAUAGUACUACCUGAUGAGCUUGAAGUUGUGAACAAGAGUGCUUAUUUAUGUACAAUGAAUGCAAAUUAUUAUUUAAAUCUGCAGAUAAAGAUUGAAGAAAUAGAAGAGUAUGUGCUGCCUGAGUUUGGCUAUGAUAGUCUUAAUAGAGAUAUUGAUGCAGAGGGGUUUUUCUAUAUUGCUUCUUAUUGCUGCCCUGUGCAGCUCUUCGGCUUUGAAGCUCAGAGGGUCCCUGAGGCCCUCUCUUCAGCUGUCUCUUCACAUGCACAUAAACACGCUAUACGUUAUUACAAGGAGACACCUUAUGCACAAGCACAGAAGGCUAGGUUCGGAAGAGACCCACAUACUGACCCUGUCUAUACUACACUUUCCAGCUGUCUCCAAAAGGGGGGGGGCCCCCACAAUAAACAGGGGGGCCCCCAGGGGGCCCCUAAAGGGCCCCCUCAGGGACUCCAGCACCAGCAGGAGACACGCAGCAGCAACGCCUUGAAUACACACAUACAGUCAGCAACAACAAAGAAUAGUGUAAGGAGACUCGGUGUGGGGGGGGCCCCUACUUUAUUGAGGAAGGGGGCCCCAGGAGGAGGCAGCGAUGCAGGAGAUGAAGGAGGAGACGAAGGGGCCCCCCCUUUUCCUUAUGAAUCUCUUGGAGAGAUAGUUACAAUUGAAAUACAUACUGAUGGGUCUGCAACCCCUAGAGAAGCAUUUAUAGAGGCCCUAGAAAGGGUUGAGGGCCUCGCUUUAGAGACACUUGGGGCCCUUCGUACAAACUGUAAACCCUCAAGAGAUGGAAAUGUUGAAGAAGAAUUUGAAGACCCAGAUAUAUACACCGGGGUGCCCUGGAACCCUUAUAAAGAUUCUUUGACUCGUACACUCGAUAGGCAUAAGACUUUCUUUAGAAACGAUAUGCUGAGGCAGUAUAGCCCUGUAAAGGAACAGCUAUUAUAUAGAAGAGAAGUAUUUGGAGACACUCGGGGGCCCCCUAACAGUCCCCCUGAGGGGCCCCCCAACUCGCAGCAACACCCCAUGCAGGGCCCCCAACACGAAGGAGACACCCACACAAAAGAGACAGACAAAAGGACCCCACAGCAAGAGAUUCAUACUCUAUACGCAACACAGGCACCGGUGCAGCCGCAGGAGACUGCUUCAGGGGGGCCCCCCUCGGGCCCCUCAACUCCUGCGGAGGGCCCCUUAGAGACCCUAGGGGCCCCCUUAGGGCCUCGUCCUGUGUCCCCCUUAGGGCCUUCUAGUGGGGCCCCCACAGGGCCCUCAACUGAGGCCCCCAUAGGGCCCUCAACUGAAGCCCCCAUAGGGCCCUCUACUGAGGCCCCCAUAGGGCCCUCUACUGAGGCCCCCUUGGGUGCUCCUACAGGGACCCCCUUAGGGGCCCCCACUGGGGUGCCCUCGAAGCCUCCUGGGGCCCCGUUAGGGUCCGCUGAUGCGUCUUUUGCAGGGGCUGAUGAUGUGUCUCCUUUUGUUUCUGAUGAGGAGACAGAGCGUUUGCUAGAUGAAGAGGAGUUGGAAGAGGAGUUGGUGCAGCGUAGCCCAACAAUAAGACUAGAGCGAGAAAAGGAGUAUCAGGCGACUUUAAAGCUGCGAGAAGACAUAGAAAAAGGUAAAAAACUACAAGAAAGAGGAGACGGUGAGGGUCUCCCUAAGUUCCCCAUCAAACAUCAGGGCCUUGAGAUGCCCCCUGAUUGGGUCUUUGAUGAUUUUAUGGCUCAGAGGGUCCCCAUAGGAUGGGUUACUGGCUUCACAAACGAUUAA